CCGGACGUGGAGCUGGUCGGAGCAGUUUGGCGGUCGGACACGCUUCCGGAAGUUGUCAAGCUAGAGGACCGCUACCGCAUCCGCUGCGAUGACUUUCGAGUGGCCCUGGCAGUACAAUUUCCCACCGUUUUUUACGCUUCAACCCAAUGUGGACACGAGACAGAAGCAGCUGGCGGCGUGGUGCUCCCUGGCGCUGUCCUACUGCCGCCAUCACAGGCUCUACACGCUGGACGUGAUGGAAGCGCAAGAAAGCCCCGUGUUCCACAACCGCAAGAUAGAACGAAAACUAUCCAUGGAGGCGAUUCAAGUCGUGUUUGAGGAGCUGAGGAAAAAAGGGAACCUGGAGUGGCUGGACAAGAACAAGUCAAGGUGUUUGGUGAUGUGGAGGCGGCCCGAGGAGUGGGGCAAGCUCAUGUACCAGUGGGUGUCCAAAAACGGGAUGACCAACUCGGUGUUUACGCUUUACGAGCUGGCCAACGGCGACGACACAGACGGCGAAGAGUUCCACGGCCUGGAGGAGUGGAUGCUGCUGCGCUCGCUGCAGGCCCUGCAGACGGAGGGCAAGGCCGAGCUCAUCAGCAUGGAUGACGGCAAAGGGGUGAAGUUCUUCUGAGGCUGCGCCAGCGUCACUGGAUCCUGACUUUAAAAAAAAACGAAAAACGUUUCACGGCCAUGCGCGCCGGCGCACGGUGGCCGGGUUGCUGCCUGGUGCUGGGUCCAAAUCCUUUUUUUUGUAACAGACGGGACAGAUUUUUCUGUAUAAACGAUGCUAUCAUGUUAGCUGUCACUUUUUUUUGACCAUGUAUACUUCCACCAAGGCAGACAAAGAAAUCCCAGCGCCGGCCACCAGGGGGCGUAAAUCACACAGACACUUGGACGGGCGCAAUUUAUUAUCAACAAUAAUAAUAGUGGACCUUUUAUUGUGCAGUCGCUGCUGUGACACCCACGUCCACAGUCAAGCAACUCUCAUAUCAUGUUUGAAAAUAAAAAUAAUUUGAUUAAA